AAAAAAAAUUAAAAAAACAAAUUUUAAUAAUUCAAGAAAAAGUAAGAAAAAAAUCUUGCUCAUUUUCAGAAAGAAAAAAGGUUAGAAAAAGUUUAUCUUCACACAAAGCUUCACAGCUCAUCAAAGAACUCUAUUUUUAUUAAUUUAUAGGAAGCAACUUCGUUUCGCGUUAGAAUAAAAUAAAUAUUAAACAAGAAAAAAAUCCAAAAAGUACGCAUUUAUCUACCUCAAAUAAGCAAAAUGGCCUUAGUCAACAUCUAAAACAUCCAAUUUCAUAACAACCCUUGCCCUUUUUUGAGUCCCUUUAAACUUGACGUAACCUUCGAAUGUAUCAAACCUAUACCUGAUGACAUUGAAUGGUAAUUAAUUUAUAUUGGUUCUGCUAAAGAUGAGAAAUACGAUUAAGUCCUUGAUAAAUUCAGUAUUGGGUCAUUAGAUUAAGGAGUGCUUUAAUUUACCAUUGAAACAAAUCCACCUGAUCACACUAAGAUUCCAAACAAAGAUGAUUUACUUGGUGUAACUGCUAUAAUUCUAACUGUUUCAUACCACAAUCAGGAGUUUUUCCGUGUUGGAUACUAUGUCUACAAUCAAUACAAUGAUCAGGAACUUAUUAUUAAUGAUCCUCCUUAAAUUCUAAUUGAUAAGGUUGAGCGUAGUAUCCUUGAUAAAUAGCCUCGUAUCACUCAUUUCAACAUAAAAUGGGGUACUGAGGAUGAAAAUAAAGAAACUGACCCUAAUACUUUAGCUAUCCUCUAACAGUAAUUAGCUUAAAAUGGAACCAUUCCUAAUUAACUCAUGCAAGAAAUGCAAUAAGUGAAUAGCUAAAUGCAAUCUUUCUUACCUGAUCCUUUUUCUAAGUCAUCAGGAAUACUCUAAGAGUUAACAACAUAAGGAUAGACUAACAGCACAAAUAGUUUCAUGUUUGGUUAAGGGCUAGACAUACCUUAAAAUAAUGCAUUCCAACCUACAAAUGUAUUCAGUUCUAAUCCUUACUGA